UCCUGGUUCAGCUCCCUACCCUCGCCCCUUCUCUUCCUUUGCCCUCCCCCCCACCCCGACCUUCCCCUUCUCCGCUGAUCCCCUCCCCUGGGUGAUCCCUGCCCAUGGAGGUCUCUCCUGUCCCAUCCCCCCACUGGUUCCCCUUUCCUUGACUAGGGCAUCCUGGUCCCCCCCUUUCCCCUCCCCUGCCUGAGGUCUCCCCCCUGCCCCGCCCCAUUCUUCCCUCAAGUUUCCCCUGCCUCUUCCCCUCGGCAAUCUGUGACCUCCCCCACAGUCUGCUUGUCAUCCCCCCACCCCCGCUCCUCUCUCUUUUCCUGUCUUUCCCACCCCCGCUCCCCCCAUUGCCUGGGUGCUCCCUGGUCUCCCCUCCCCACUGAGCGGGGGAUCUGAGGUCUCACCACCCAGGUCUGAUGAAGCCCGGCGGGGGCGCCGAGGGGGAGCUGGGAGGCGAGGGGGAGCGGGAGCCCUUGAACCCGGAGGCGGCGGACACGCUGGGGGUCUCCCCCACCUACCGGGAGUUCGUGCGCCACAGCUACCUGGAACUGAUGGGGGCCAACCAGCACUCGCUGCAUGCCCUCAACUGGCGCCGGCUCUACCUCAGCCGGGCCAAGCUCAAGGCCUCGAGCCGCACCUCGGCCCUGCUCUCCGGCUUCGCCAUGGUGGCGAUGGUGGAGGUGCAGCUGGAGAAGUACGACUACCCGCGGGGGCUGCUGAUCGCCUUCAGUGCUUGCACCACAGUGCUGGUGGCCGUGCACCUCUUCGCCCUCAUGGUCAGCACCUGCAUCCUGCCCAACAUCGAGGCCGUCAGCAACAUCCACAACCUCAACUCGGUCAACGAGUCGCCCCACGAGCGCAUGCACCGCUACAUCGAGCUGGCCUGGGGCUUCUCCACCGCCCUUGGCAUCUUCCUCUUCCUCACCGAGGUGGUGCUCAUCUGCUGGGUCAAGUUCAUGCCCGUGGGCCGUGGCGGCUGGGAUGCCACCGUGGCCUCCACUGUCAUCAUGGUGCCGGUGGGGGUGGUGUUCGUGGUGUUCGCCCUCCACUUCUACCGCUCGCUGGUGAGCCACAAGACCGACCGGCACCAGCAGGAGCUGGAGGAGCUCAGCAAGAUUAAGUACCAGCUGGACGGAGAGGCAACCGCGGUGCAAACUGUGUGAGGCUGGAUCCGGGGCACCACCCCCACUCCUGACCGCAGGGGGAGCCUGGAGCUGGCUGCCGUCCCGGGGAUGGCCGGAAGACAUUUGCGGCUCCCCCCAAGCAUAGGCUGCGUGAGCCGGACAGGAGAGACGGCUGCUGGCUGGGGGAUGAUCCACAGCUGGGGUCGUUCUCCGUUGUCUUAUCUUCCUUCCUCUGCUGCUUUCGGGCUGGGUUUUCCGUACCGCGCCACCCCAGUUGGGGGGGAAGUGGGGCUGGUUUCUCUGGCCCGACCAGGCACUGCCCAGGAGAUGCCAGCUGGGCAAACCGCUCCCUGUCCCCUCCCCUUCCCAGCCGUGCUUCCCCUGCUGGGGCUGUGGUGAUUGGCUCGUUGUGGAGGGGUGGGGAGGGGCUGUGUGGGGCACGCAGGUACCGAUCGGGGGAAUGUAUAGCCACUGAUAGGGCCAAGCUGGGGUCUGCAGUGGGGCAUACGCACAGAUCUCGGGCUCGCCCACCAGUCGGGUACAGCAGUAGAUGCCAGGGUAUUAUUCUCAACCACAUUGCCUCAGCGCUGCCCCCAAUGGGGGAUUUCUGCAUCUACGGCCUCUCCAGCCUUUGGCGGCUGUGGGAGUGGGGCGCUUGUCCCAGAGACACCUGGGCUGAGGGCCAGCCAACUCAUGUCCUACCAACCCCCCAGCCCUGUCCUGGAGGGGAAAGGCCCCGUGUCCCCCUGAGCCAGCCAGUCCCAGCUGGAUUGGAGCCUGUGUCCUUUUCCCCACUCGUCAUUAAAUAAAAUUAGUGACUAACUAGCUGAUAUAGCGACCUUUGCUCUCUAGCCACAGUGAAGUGCCCCACUGCAGAGAACAAAACGGUAGCUACCAUUAAUGUAGGCCCUCUGAUAAUAUGGUCCAUACCCUGUCCCUAAAGGAGCUAGCAGAGGGCAACACCCAUUGCUAAACCAAAACAAAAGCCAACUCUGUAGGACCUAUAAUAUUUCUUAUGCUUAGUUUCUAUCAACCAGGAACAGGUACUUAAGCAGAGCAAAACAGACUAUAUUUUUGUAGGACCUACGAUAUGUCAUUGUCUGCAGAUGUGAGAGGAGCACAUCUUGCUUUGCCGAAUCAGUGUUUUGGUAGGACCUGUAAUAAUGUUAUGGUGCAGGUCCAGCCAGCUGCUUAACUGAAACAGCCAGUCAGUGUUUUGUUUUUUGGUAGGGCCUAUAAUAUGUUGUCACAGAUUCAGCCAACAUGCGGGCAAGUAGCUUAAUGGAAACAAACUGCCAGUGCUUUGUGUAGGGCCUAUAAUAUUGUGUACUCUGCCCUGUGGGGCGGCAAGCAGAAAUGUGUGUUUUAGCUGGAAGGACAGAACUAUGUGCAAGAGAUACUGAGUAAUUAAUAUAUGCAGAGCAAUUCACAGCCAUACUGCAGUGCCUUAUAAUCACCAGCAGCCUGGUACUGGGAGGGGAGUGGGGUCUGGUGGUCAGAGCAGGGGGGUGCUUGUUCCCUCUGAUGCCGACAGUUCGAUCCCGCGCUGGGGAUUGUGGCUGGCUCCAGCCCCCUGGGCUCUGCUGGUGGAUUUUUUUGGUAUUUUUUUGUGCCUGUCAUUUUUUGUCAGUUUAUAAAUAAACAAUUGUCUUUGGCAAA